CCUUGUCCCCCACUCUCCCAACCCCGCAGAUGCUCCGGGCCCUAGCCCCUGCCCCAGCUAUGGCUCCUGGGGCUCCCUCGUCCAGCCCCAGCCCCAUCCUGGCUGUGCUGCUCUUCUCUUUGGUGCUGUCCCCUGCCCAGGCCAUUGUGGUUUACACAGACAAGGAGGUCCAUGGUGCUGUGGGCUCCCCGGUGACCCUGCACUGCUCCUUCUGGUCCAGCGAGUGGGUCUCGGAUGACAUCUCCUUCACUUGGCGCUACCAGCCUGAAGGGGGCCGCGAUGCUAUCUCGAUCUUCCACUAUGCCAAGGGGCAACCCUAUAUCGACGAGGUGGGGACUUUCAAAGAGCGCAUCCAGUGGGUAGGGGACCCUCAAUGGAAGGAUGGUUCCAUCGUCAUACACAACCUGGACUAUAGUGACAACGGCACUUUCACCUGUGACGUCAAAAAUCCACCGGACAUAGUGGGAAAGACCUCUCAGGUCACGCUCUACGUCUUUGAAAAAGUGCCAACUAGGUACGGGGUGGUGCUGGGAGCUGUGAUCGGGGGUGUCCUGGGGGUGGUGCUGUUGCUGCUGGCGCUUGUCUACCUGGUGCGGUACUGCUGGCUACGCAGGCAGGCAGCCCUACAGAGGAGGCUCAGCGCCAUGGAGAAGGGGAAAUUGCAUAAGCCUGGAAAGGAUACAUCUAAGCGCGGCCGGCAGACGCCAGUCCUGUAUGCCAUGCUGGACCACAGCAGAAGCACCAAAGCUGCCAGUGAAAAGAAGUCCAAGGGGCUGGGGGAGUCUCGCAAGGAUAAGAAAUAGCGGUUAGCGGGCCGGGCAGGGGAUCGGGGGUCAGGGGUGGAGCCCUCCAAAACCUCUCGAAAGGUGGUGGUCAUCGAGAUGGAGCUACAGAAGGAUGAGCAGAGUUCAGAUCUCCGCCCUGCUGUCAAGUCCCCCAGCAGAACCAGCCUCAAGAAUGCCCUGAAGAACAUGAUGGGCCUGGACUUGGACAAGUGAUCACCACCCCCUCCCCAGGCCCUGCAGAACACGGGGACCUAGGCUUCUCUUAUCCCCCGUCUAGGUGCUUUCCUUCCAUGCUCCCCAGCCCUGCCUCCUCUCUCCUCCUUUUGAGAUGUAAGUUUCAUUCCAAACUCCAUUCCCCAAUCAUUCAUGUUCUCCUCCACCUUCAACCCUUGGUUCUCUGGGAGCCCAAAGCCUGAUCCUACCCACCUACUCCAGCCCCAAGGACUGUGUGUUUGGUGCCUGUCUCUUGGGCACCGAGAAGAAAGGGACCUUGAUUAUGCCCCCCGCCCCACACCUGGCAUUCUCUUCCCUUGCACCCAGCCUGUAACCUCUGGCCCUUUCCUGUCUGCUCCACCCCUUCAUCAGGUGGCCCAACCCCAUACUCUGUCCUCUCAGCUAACACCCAGAUCACCCAGAUCAGACUCUCCUUCAAGGUUUAUUUAGGUUGUUGAUUAUUUUUUAUUUUUUAAUCCAUUCUUUUUUUUUUUUUUAACCUGUGCCCAUGAUCUGCCCCUCCCCUCAUGACUGAGGACCAAUGACGUCAUGCGGCUUUUGUAAUUCCCCACCCCCAUUAAGUCCUUGAUGGAGAGCCAACCCAAGCAGUGCGGCCCCUGAUGCUCAACCUCAGCUACAGGACUGGUGCCCCCUGACCCUUUUGGAGCACAGUUCUGGGACUAUGAAUCUUGGGGAAGGACAGAGGGACAGUGGAUCCUCACAGGUCAGGGGGUGGAAGAGGGGGUGAGCAAACCUUAAGAAAUUGCUUUUAAACAACCAAACUGAAAGCAGAAAAAACAAAUGGGAAAUGCAGGGGAAGGGAAGCGGCUGCAUUCCCGGCCACAGGGGAUUCUUAGGAUUUUUCUACAUUCUGUAUAUUUCUUCUCAAACCCCCAAAUGUCCUUAAAUGUUUAAUAAACACUGACAUUUCCA